AUGGAACCUGUCAACAACUCCAGCCUCAACAACGCAGUUGAAGUCCUCGACAGCAUCUCGGACGUGGGCAAAGCACUCCCCUUCGUAGCCCCCGCGUUCAUCCUCCUCAAAAUCAUCAUCGACAUCGAGCGCCGCGCGCAAGAUGUCGAUCUUAAAUGCAACGAUCUCGUCGAGCGCAUCACGUUCAUGCUCAGCCAUCUCCCCAUCCUCAAGGAGAUGGAGAUCAUGCCUGCGACUAAACAAGUCGUCGAGAGGAUCAACGAAGCCAUGAAGGAGGCUGCUGCUUUGAUUUCCGCUUAUAGGAAGCAGAGUAAAGUCGCGCGGAGGUUGAGUUUGACCAACAGGGAGAAGUUCACGCUCUGUGUGGACAAUGUGAACACCUGCACCAGUGACUUGUUGCUAAGCUUGCAGAUCCAUCAGUCCAAGCAGCUCGAUAUCCUAACGAGGGCGGUUCCGAUGGAUGAUUUCGAUGAAGCGGCUGCGACGUUUGUCGAGGAACACGGUGGGGAUUUCGAGGCUGUCAAGUAUGACCGCGAGCUCGUUAAAGAGUUUGCCGAGCAGCAAAAGUUGGAGAUGGAUGACCAGGUGAUGGAUCAGUUGGAGGAGGACGUUUCGGAUGUGGUUCAGGAGGUGCAGGCCCGCCUCGAGACCGUUAUCAAAGAGAACGUGGCCGAUGCCAUUGCAAAUGGGUUCAAGAGCGUCGCUUCCCAGCUCAUCAUCCCAGAACCCGAGCAGCGCCUCACCUGCGUUCAAUGCGAGGAGCACUUUACGCGAUCGAGCAACCACCCCCAGGCGUGCAACUUCCACCGUGCAGAGUUCAACAGCUGGUCGAAGAGCUACCCAUGCUGCGACACCAAACACCCCUGCCAAUUCUCCUCCCACCGCGAGAAGCACCACUGUGAUUACCCCUACGGCACCUUCUUCCCCCGCGCUCGCAACGUCAACAACUACACCGAUACCAGGGACGAAUGGGCUGCCAUCAAGGACAUCGACAUGGAGGACGACGAUAAAGUCCAGAAAGCCUCAGUGAGCCAACUCCUCCGCUGGGUCUCCCGAGGCGCUCGACUCGAGGAGCCGACCAUCCUCAUUUCCGUCGGGACGAUCACGUUCAGGGAGAAAUACUACUGGAACACCUUCACCGUCUCGCAACUCGAAAACAUCUCCAAAUCCGUCCGACACUCCAAGCGCACCCUGAUCUUCAGAACCUCCCCCAGUGAAGAGGAGUUUGCGAUGGCGGAAUGGUUGUUGUCUAUUUCUGGGAAGAUUACGGGUGUGCGGAUCACAGCAAAGGCUGCGACUUCCCCUUCGCCUUUUGUCCGUGUGGUGCCCAUCGACGUUUCUACUGGGAAGCAAUCUGGAGAUGUGAUAGCAGUUUCAGAUGGAGGGAUGAGGUCGUAUAUUCCUGCCACUCCCUACGUCCUCCCAGAGACUGUCCGAGUGGGCCCUGAGCUCAGCGACAAACCCAUCCGCGCCCCGCGUACAGAUUUCAAGACGCGCACCUCGACACCCAACUUCCGUGUCAUCCUCAAACCCACCUCUGAACCUCUCGUCGCCAACCCCAACUAUGCGAGCCCCGAACACGACUUUUUCAAUGGCUCUGUAUCAGUGUUUAACAACAACGCUCCGGGCUCGAACCUCCCUAUCAGUAUCGCUGGUGCGAAAGCGCAGUACAGAUUCGUCGGGGAGAAAGAGUACAAGCCAGUCAAGUCGUUCAAGUUGGAGGGUAACAUGGCGGACGCGUUACCGUUGACGAUCGACCCCAAGCAGGGAGUUACGCUCAAGUUUGAAGCGACAGUUCCGCGCAGCGAGGAAGACAUCAAAGACGAUAUCCGGUGGUGGAAUCGAGCUUAUUGCGCGCGCCAUCGUCCUCUCCGUCUGAAACUCAUCCUUGAGGAAAUCGAAGGCGAGGAAUGCUCACUCGUCCUCGAGUAUGUCUUCACACCUUUCCCCUUUGACAAACCCCGGGAGAACGAUAUCGCUUCGUUUUACUUUGACGACCCGAAGACGCUCACGAGGCACUUGAUCAGGGUGGAGGAGCCGUGGAGUUCGGGCGAGAACGUGCUGAGGAUCGACGGGGAGGACGUGUCUGUCAAACUGCUCAACCAAACAGUCUACAGGGCUCUCAAGACGGGUAAAACCGAGAUCGACUUGGAGCUCGGUCGGGAGAAGAGUGGAGGGGAAUGGGAGUGGAAGGCUUGGGCUCUCGUCGACAUCUCGUGCCGCCGCGUGUACGCGUUCAAGAUCCUCUUGCAGCAAGGUCAACUCGUUCCGGAUGGGAAGAAGCAAUUUGCGUGUAUGGGGUAUGUUUUGUGCCCAGAGUACGGGGAGAGUGUGCAGGGGAAGACGAGGCCGGUUAGUUAUGCGACGGAGAUGGUGAAGAUUGCGACGCUUGGGUUGGCCAAGUGGGAGGAAGGGGAGGGUGCGUUUAAGCAGGAUGAUACGGUCGACGAUGUGAAGCCGCCUGUCCCGCCGAAACCGAACCUUGUGCGGUCGGUUAGUCAGGGUGUGGGCGUUGGGGUGGACUCGCCGUUGGGCAGUUCGCAUCCGAAUGGAAGUGCGGUCGGCGGUGGGCCCGCGGUGUUGCAGGUGCCGGAAGAGUUGAAUCGGCGGCUUGCGUCGUUGGAUGCGAAUCUCGAGAGGAUUGCGACUGCGCUGGAGCAGUUGGUCGGGGCGUUGCAGACGAGGGGUGUUUGA